UUAUGACUAGGCCUAAUAGAACCGACACAUGUCACCGCCAUAGAAACCUAUAUAUACUCCAACAAUCUGACUUCUUCACAAAACUAAUUCCAAAAUCCAAAACCCACCACCACUAAAACAACCCGCCCUAAAAUCCCAAAAACCCUAAAUCGCAGUUCAACGAUUUCUGAUCUCACAAUGUCCACCAACGCCGAGAUUCCACCGCCGAUGACCUGCGAUCCGUCGAUUCCGUCACCUUCCGAUCCGGAAGAGAAGGCGCACAGAUGGCAGCAGCUCUCCACCCGCCGCAGCGAACGACGCGUCGUCGGUUCGCAGAAGGAGGACAUGCCGCCGGAGCACGUGAGGAAGAUCAUCAAAGAGCACGGCGACAUGUCGUCCAAAAAGUACCGGCACGACAAGCGCGUCUACCUCGGCGCCCUCAAGUACGUGCCCCACGCCGUGUACAAGCUCCUGGAGAAUAUGCCGAUGCCGUGGGAGCAGUUGCGUAACGUGAGGGUGCUGUACCAUAUCACCGGUGCGAUCACGUUCGUGAACGAGACUCCCUGGGUCGUGGAGCCCAUCUACAUGGCCCAGUGGGCCACAAUGUGGAUCAUGAUGCGGAGGGAGAAGCGCGAUCGCCGCCACUUUAAGCGGAUGAUGUUUCCGCCGUUUGAUGAUGAGGAGCCUGUGUUGGAUUACGCUGAUAAUUUGCUCAAUGUUGAGCCGCUCGAGCCGAUUCAGCUUGAGCUGGAUAGGGUGGAGGAUUCAGCAGUUUACGACUGGUUUUAUGAUUACAAGCCGACCAAGCUGACCAAGCUGAUCAACGGUAAGAAGUGGCAGCUCUUGCUGCCGAUUAUGGAGGCUCUUUAGAGGAUAUCUGGACAGGUGGGCCGAAAUUCGAGCCGUUGUUUAGGGAUGUGGAGAUGAAGGAGGAGGAUUGGAAUGAGUUUAAUGACAUCAACAAGCUCAUUAUCCGGUCUCCGAUGAGAUCAGGGUACAGGAUUGCAUUCCCUAAUAUUUACAAUAACCGGCCGAGGAAGGUAAAGCUAUCUGUAUAUCACACACCAAUGGUUAUGCAUAUUAAAACUGAGGAUCCUGAUCUGCCUGCAUUUUAUUAUGAUCCGUUGUUAAACCCGAUACUGAGCACUAACCGGAGUAGUUGUGCUAGUUGUGAGGAAGAUGAUGAUUUUGUUUUGCCUGAAGGAGUGGAGCCUCUUUUGAGUGAUACUCAGCUAUAUACUGAUACCACAGCUGCCGGAUUUCCCUGUUUUUUGCACCACGGCUUUUUAAUAUGAGGUCUGGUCGGACUCGUAGGGCAGAGGAUAUACCUCUUGUGUCAGAGUGGUUUAAGGAGCAUUGUCCUCGGUCAUAUCCUGUCAAAGUUCGAGUCAGCUAUCAGAAGUUGUUGAAAACUUUUGUGUUGAAUGAGGUGCAUCAUAGGCCUCCCAAGGCACACAAGAAGCGGGACUUGUUUUGUGCGCUUCAGGGUACCAAGUUUUUCCAAUCUACUGAGCUUGAUUGGGUUGAAGUGGGUCUUCAAGUCUGUAAGCAGGGUCAUAACAUGUUAAAUUUUGAUGAUUCGUAGGAAAGGUCUGAACUACCUUCACCUUGAUUAUAAUUUUAAUCUCAAGCCUGUGAAAACCCUGACAACAAAGGAGCGGAAGAAAUCUCGGUUUGGUAAUACUUUUCAUCUGUUGCGUGAAAUCUUGCGGUUGACGAAGCUUGUAGUUGAUGCCCAGGUUCAAUUCCGUUUGGGUAACGUUGAUGCCUUUCAAUUGGCGGAUGGUCUGCAAUACAUAUUUUCUCAUGUUGGUCAGUUAACUGGAAUGUACCGUAACAAGUACAGGUUGAUGUGGCAGAUUAGAAUGAAAAAAGAUUUGAAGCACUUGAUUUACUACCGUUUCGAUACUGGGCCAGUCGGGAAAGGGCCAGGACGUGGAUUAUGGGCACCAAUGUGGAGGGUGUGGUUAUUCUUCCUUCGUGGCAUGGUCCCUCUUCUGGAAAACUGGUUGGGAAGUCUGCUUGCUAGACAAUUUGAAGGGCGCCAUUCUGUGGCACAGACAGUAACUAAACAGCAUGUCGAAAGCCAUUAUGACUUGGAGUAUCGAGCAGCUGUCUUGAAAGAUAUUCUGGAUGCCAUGCCAGAGGGCAUGAAGCAAACUAAGGCGGAAACAGUAAUGCAGCAUCUUAGUGAGGCAUGGCGUUGUUGGAAAGCAAAUAUUCCUUGGAAGGUUCCUGGUAUGCCGACUCCCGUGGAGAAUAUAAUUCUCCGUUAUGUCAAGUCCAAGGCAGAUUGGUGGACAAUUAGUGCUCACUAUAACCGUGAAUGAAUUAGAAGAGGUGCUACAGUGGAUAAGACUGUUUGUCGAAAGAAUCUUGGAAGAUUAACUCGCCUUUGGCUAAAGGGAGAGCAGGAACGACAACACAAUUAUCUCAAAGAUGGCUCAUAUAUUUCUCCGGAAGAAGCAGUAGCAAUUUACACAACUGUGCAUUGGUUGGAAUCAAGAAACUUUCAGCAUAUUCCAUUUCCUCCUUUGUCUUAUAAGCAUGAUACCAAACUACUUAUCCUUGCUCUGGAGAGGUUGAAGGAAUCUUAUACCGGUGCAGUAAAAUUGAACCAGCAUCAAAGAGAGGAGUUGGGUCUCAUUGAACAUGCCUAUGAUAACCCCCAUGAGGCAUUGAUGCGGAUAAAACUUGAUCACAAUGUGCCUUCAAAGACGUGAGCAUAGAGUUUAUGGAUAUGUACAGCCAUCAGAUUCCAGUUUUUGAGAUUGACCCUCUUGAGAAGAUUACAGAUGCAUAUCUUGAUCAAUAUCUAUGGUAUGAGGCUGACAAACGUCAGCUCUUCCCAAACUGGAUCAAGCCUGCAGACUCAGAGCCUCCUCCUCUUUUGGUCUAUAAAUGGUGUCAGGGAAUAAACAACUUAGAGAGUAUAUGGGACACAAGUGAGGGGGAGUGUGUCGUGAUGCUUCAGACAAUGCUUGAGAGGCUUUCUGAAAAGAUUGACUUGACACUGCUUAAUAGGCUUCUACGUCUUGUUGUGGACCACAAUAUUGCAGAUUAUAAUCAUUAUAUCACUGCAAAAAAUAGUGUGGUAUUGUCUUACAAAGAUAUAAGUCAUACAAAUUCAUAUGGUCUUAUUCGUGGUCUCCAGCUUGCAUCAUUUAUCACGCAGUAUUAUGAGCUUGUUUUAGAUCUUAUGCUUCUUGGAUUGACUCGGGCCAGUGAAAUUGCAGGUCCGCGGCUGAAGCCAAAUGAGUUCCUGACUUAUGGGGACACAAAGGUCGAAACUCGUCAUCCUAUCAAGCUGUACUCUCGAUAUAUAGACAGGGUGCAUAUUUUGUUCCGCUUCACGCACGAGGAGGCUCGGGACCUUAUCCAGCGAUAUCUUACUGAACAUCCAGAUCCCAAUAAUGAAAAUAUGGUGGGAUAUAAUAAUAAGAAGUGCUGGCCAAGAGAUGCAAGGAUGAGGCUCCUGAAACAUGAUGUCAAUCUUGGAAGGAGUGUCUUUUGGAAUGUCAAGAACCGUCUCCCUCGAUGAAGGAAGGACCGGGUCAGGUUCAUGUAUUAGAGCAAAAAUUGGGUCGGGUUGGUGGCCCAAAGGGUCUAAAGCUGC